AUAUUACCGGUUGUGUGUUAGUUUGAACCUUGAUUAUUUUUUUAACAAGAAUAUUUGUGAUGUUUUGUAAUUUUAAAAAUCAAUUAACCGUUCGUGGAUGGUACAUUUGAGUUUAAUAUAAGUUCGCUGUGUGUGUUAAGGGGAUUUCGACUGGAUUUUAUGUAAUGUUUUGUAUUUAAAAUAUAAAGUUGUUGUGAUCGAUAAAAUUAUAUUUGGCGAUCUUUUUGCUGUGGCACUCAUAUGACCUGGUGAUUGCUUAGCCGUCUGCAUCAGCUCACCUAUAAGAUAAUGCGUGAGAUGAAAUCAUAGUCACAAAGGCAGCCAAACCGACCAUCAUGGAAGAUAAAGACAAGGAUGAGGGGCCCGGCGUGCCCGACAUGACGAUGAUGCCGCUCAUCACAGAAGACGCUAUAAAUGAAAACCUCAAGCGGCGAUAUAAACACGACCUUAUAUAUACGUAUACAGGUUCAAUACUUGUGGCAGUCAAUCCGUACAAGGAGCUGGGAUGUUAUAAUUUCGAGGAUAUGCAAAAUUACCGUGGCAAAGCGUUUGGUGCUCUUUCUCCACAUGUCUUCGCAUUAGCAGAAUCAGCGUACAGCUCGUUACAGAAUGGCGAGAAAAAUCAAUCAGUCGUGAUAUCGGGAGAAAGUGGUGCCGGGAAAACGGAGACAACAAAACUAAUUCUUCAGUACCUCUGCGCGGCUGGUGGGCAGGCUUCGUGGGCUGAACAGCAGAUUCUUGAAGCUAACACUGUGUUAGAAGCGUUCGGAAACGCAAAGACAGUGAGAAAUGAUAAUUCAUCGCGUUUCGGCAAGUUUGUUGAAGUGCGACUCGACCAUCGUGGAGGUAUAAGAGGCGCAGUGUUGAGAGAUUUUCUUCUCGAACGAGCGAGGAUCACUGGCCCAGCGCCGAGAGAAACCAACUAUCAUGUCUUCUAUCAGUUGGUAGAGGGCGCAAGACAUAAUGCAGAACUCAAAAACAUCCUUCGCCUCCGAGAUGGUGUCACCUUCAAGUACCUUCGACCUGAGGAUGAAGAGGCAAGAAGUCGUGGUGGGGAACAAGGCAAGCUGGAGGCGUUACAACUGGCCCUAACAGUGCUCCAAGUGCCACCUCAUAUGUGCGAAGGCUUAUUCAAAGUUUUGGCUGCGGUCUUGUGGCUGGGAAAUAUACAGUUUCAGGAUAUAGACGGUGAACGUACUACACUGGCCCCAGAAGACGCAGAGGCUGUAGAUGCAGUAGCUAAUUUAUUAGGAUUGGCUCCGCCCACAGCACAACGAGUACUAUUGGAGAGACAGAUCAACGUGCGAGGGAAUGUCACGGAUAUUCCGUUUAGAUUGCCCGAGGCAAGAGAAAACCGUCACGCUAUGGCCCGUGCUCUAUACUCUCGUACAUUUGCCUGGCUGGUCCGACAUGUCAACAGCUGUUCUGCACCUGGACGAGAGGCGAGACGAGCUUUAGGAGUUCUAGACAUUUUCGGCUUUGAGAAUUUCGCAUCUAAUUCUCUUGAACAGCUAUGCAUCAACUAUGCGAAUGAGAAGCUUCAUAUGUUCUUCAACAAUUAUGUGUUCGCGUUGGAGCAAGAAAUUUAUCGUCAGGAAGGUAUAAUAUACAACCAAAUACCAUUCACGGACAAUGCGGCCUGCCUAGAAUUGCUCGAGAAACCACCGAGAAGUCUGCUCAAAUUGCUCAGCGAACAAUGCCAUAUGCCUAAGGGCUCCGAUAGCGCCUACCUAACAAACAUCCAAGGCGAAUUCGGCGAACAUCAGACGUUCGUGAAAGGAUCCCGUAGGAAAUGGGAAGAGGAAUUCGGCGUGCAACAUUAUGCGGGCACGGUUACGUACAGCGUACACGGGUUCGUCGAUAAGAAUCGAGAUACCCAACAAGACGCGUUCAUAGACCAUCUUAGCCGAUCCGCUAAUCCAUUUGUACGGGAAUUGGCGGAUUAUGUACAGGAUUUGGCACCUCCUGGACAGGACGUUUCUCUAUCGAGUCCCGGUUCAACAAGUACAACACAACGAGGCACUUCUAAAGGACGACCAACGGUUGUCGACACGUUUAGAGCGCAAUUGCAGUCUUUAGUCGAUAUGUUACAAGUUACUGAUGUUUGGUACGUCCGUUGUAUAAAGCCGAACGAAAACAAAGUGGCUGGCAAAUUCAAUGAAAAGCUCGUGUUAGAACAACUCAGAUAUUUGGGCAUGAACGAGAUUGUACGGAUCCGAAGAGACGGUUAUCCGGUUCACUUACCAGCACCGCUGUUCCGAGCUCGUUAUAGAUGUCUCUUACCUCAUCCGAGGCCACUAGAACCGGAUAUAACAGACAUUAUGUUACUCGUAAAUGCACCGAAAGACGACUGGCAAAUUGGUCAUACAAAAAUAUUCAUGAGGAGUUCAGUACACGCACCUCUCGAGGCUAAAAGGACAGCGUUGCUACAAUCUUCGGCGUUACUCAUUCAAAAGUGGUACAAAGGUUCGAUAUCGCGUCGUCAAUAUCUUCAAUGGCGGAAGGCGGCUAUCGUACUUCAGGCAGCGUGGCGAGGCUGGUACGAAAGAACUGUCUUUUUGCGACUUCGAAGAGCUGCUCUUACACUGCAGAGGCAUCUGAGAGGGGCCUUUGCGAGAGAAGUUGCUGCUGCUUUGAGGGAAAUGAAGAGAGUCAAUCAGGAGAUGAAAUUGAGGGAAGAGAGGAAUAGCCUUGCAGAAAAAGCAGAAAAAGAGCGCGCUGAAUUGGAAAGUAUGGCGGAGAACUUACGAGGUAUAAACUGUUCCGCUCGUGCAGAAUCCGUCAAUUUGGACAAUCUCUUCGAUUUCUUGGCGGAUGUGCCUGCCCAAAGGGGCGCGCCGGAUGGACAACCAGCUCAUCAACCAACCAUCAACGAGAUUGGGGACUCGAUUGAACGGCUGGCUGAUGACUUGAAUCAGGAGUUGGAACACGUCCUAGCAGAAGAGAUGAGUGAACUAAUUAAGCACCCAGACCAACGGAAGCCUGAUGGUGCACCAUCUGAUGCCCUUCCACCGCCACCACCACCCCCAAACUCACUACCCUUACACUCUAUACUACAACCGGCGACACCCGUCUCCAUGAAUGGUAUUGUCAAUGGCUCACCUGUGAAUAUGACGACAUCAAUGAACGGUCGCAUACCGAACGGCGAUGCGAUGUCAUCGUCUCUCACUCUCCCACCACCUCGGGUAUCAGAGCCAUUGGUGGAAGGCUCUCCUGCCUUCCCGUCACCACCACAGUGCUCUUUACCGGAACCGGCGGGACCUCCGCCGCCUCCCCCUGUCAAAGAUACCACACCACCAGAACUGACAAAUGGCAUCGUGCCGAACGGGAAGCUUGCUGUUAUUAAAGACAAAGAACCUAUAUACGAAUCUGUUAUACCGAGACCAAAUGACACGGAACCCGUCAUGCCGCCGCCCCCACCACCGAUUUAUCCACCAGAAAAUAAUGGCUUACCAAACAAAACGUCCGAAAUGGAACUGGAAGUGCCAUUACCGCCAUUGCCGAGUAAUGUUACGUCACCGGAACAAGUGGAAACACCUUCUGUUGCAAUGGAAUGUAUAAGUCCACCGCCCAUGACAAAUGGAGAUGUUAGUAAUACAGAAAGAAGCGCUCGUAGAAAAGAACGAGUGGAACGUCGGUUACAUCAACUCGAAGCACCAGUUAGUACUGAUGCACCCACAGAUACUGACUUGACUGAAUUUGCCAAACUUUACUUCAACGACCAUCCGCGAUCACCUGAAGGUACAAUAAUGGCAACAUUAACACGUAAAAGCAAGUCAAUGGAGCUGCUGACCAAAGAGGAAAUGAUAACAUACCACAAAGGCAAUAAUAUACCCACAUCACAUAUACAACUUCAUGACCCAGAUAGCGUGACAGCUGCGGUUAACAUUUUUAGAGAUCUAUGCCGUUACAUGAGAGGUGAGCUUACAUCUGAGAAAGAAACACAGGUGAUUCAAUCUAUCAUCUCCAAAGGCUUAGAACGCGAGGAACUCCGUGAUGAAAUCCUAGUGCAGUGUGUUCGGCAGAUAACUGAAUGUCCUGUAGAGGAAUGGGCUGAACGCGUAUGGCUCAUACUGUGCUUGUGCGCGGUUGCCUGGCAACCGAGUCGUGGACUGGCGCGAUACUACUGCGCAUGGCUUCGUAUGCGCGCGAAACCCGUGUUAGGUUCGCCCGGGGCUGGAUCUAUGACGUCAGUGGGAUCUGUGACGUCAAGCGCACGCGCAUCCCAUUGUGCGCAGUGGUGUUUGGAUAAUUGUAGGGGAGCAGCGCCCAGGCAGCUCCCGCCUAGCACAGUUGAAAUUGCUGCAAUGCGCCGUCUCGGCACAAUAGUCUGCCGAUUUUUCUUCCUCGACGGCAGGACAAAGGCCAUCGACGUACAUCCUGCUGAUACGGCGGCAGCAGCAGCCGCAAGACUGGCCGAUAAGCUGGGAUUGCCGCCACAGGCCCGCGCCGGUUGGGCCGUAUACCAGCAACGGGCUAGUACCGAAGAGCAUGUUAGAGCUACGCAGUACCUGUAUGACGUUAUUGCUGCUUGGGAGAUGCAACAAGGACCUGGUGGUGGAUCAGCUGAUAAUCGAUUCGUGUUUAAAAGACGUCUCUUCCGAGGUGGGCGUGAACUUCCACAUGACCCGGUAGAAGUCGCUUUGCUGUAUGCCCAAGCUGUACAUAGUGUUGUCAAGAUGGACGAAUUCCCCGUAUCAGAAAAAGUGGCUUUACAAUUAGCGGGUUUACAAGCACAAGUGUCGUUAGGCGAACCUGCCGCUAGUCCACCUCCACCUCACACCCGGGCCUAUUACUCGCAUCCUGAACAAUUCCUUCCACCGCGAAUAGCUAAGACCAGGCCGGCACAUCAGUGGGCAACAAUAUUAGCCCAAGCUCACAGACAAUAUGGCGCGGGUAGAGCUGAGCUGACGGCAAAAGCUCUUUAUCUCUCUUGUGUCAUGCAGUACCCAUUGUACGGAGUCACUUUAUUCCCCGUCACCUAUAAAGGAUAUUGGGCACACGGUCCAAAUGUGCUACUCGGAGUGGGGUCGGAAGGGGUCGUUUUAGUUCGACCGGCUGAUAAAGUGGUUUUAGCAGAAUACCCAUAUUCAAACAUCGCAGCGAUACUCAUGGACCCUGUGGAUAACGGACUUACCCUCAGUCUGACGCAUCAUGGGCAGCAUGACGGUCUUCGGUGUAUAGUCCUCGAAUGUGCCCAAAAACAAGAAGCGGCGUGGCUCAUGGCGGCAUACAGCCCCACCCUCAGUAAUAGCCUGUCAGAGGAACCACCUAGGCGUGCGGCCCCAGUCAGCGAGCGUACACGUCUAGCGGGCGCAUUAAGAUCAGCGCGUCGUGCUCUUAUCGAUGGUGGGCUUUUAAGGCGACCACCGGAUUUGUCUGCUGGUGGUUUCUUGAGAAAUACGCUAAGAAGGCUAAGCAAGCACCGGUUAGAACGAGUUAGACUCGAUAUAUCAGCGGAAUCUCAAGGCGAAAGCUACAAAAGCUUCUCAGCGGCAUAUUGGUGUUGGGCCCGUACGUUGCCUCAUUCGCUCACUAAACUCAAUGAAGCUGAGGAAGUUGCUGCUAUGCAGAUCUUCAAGGACAUAAUGAGUCACGCGGGCCUAACCAGCAACGAAGGCAGCAGCAGUAACCUCGCCAGUAACAGUAGCGUCAGCAGCCACGAAAGCGACAGUGACGAUAGAGUGGCACUCGCGCAGUCACUGCUGCAACGAUGUCUACAGAAAGACACCUUGCUUUGUGAACUGUACAUGCAACUUAUAAAACAGACAACAGACCAUCCAGAACCCAGUUCCCGUGUAUCAGCGCGACACUGGGCAUUGCUUUGCGCUGCGGUUGGAGCCGCUUUGCCCCCUGCGAAGCCUCUGCGGAGGCUGUUAUUAGCGCAUUUAAGAUACCGAGCUGCCGCAUUACAUACUGGGGAAGAGGGAAAGUUUGCUAGACGGGCAGAACAGGUGGCACUAAGCAUAGCCCAAGUACCGAGACGGGUAGCAGCACCUUCCAAAGAGGAGUUGCUUUGUGCGGCAGCGCGACGGCCAAUGCAUGUCCGAGUGUUGUUACUGGAUGGAAAACAACACGGACUUGUAUUCGGACCGGCAGCUACAGCUGACCAUCUCGUGGCCAUGCUGAGAGAGAAAAUUGGACUUACUGAUACGGCUACUGGAUACGCCUUAUACGAGGUAUGCGCCAACUCGUCCCCAGCGGGUACGGGCGAGCGUGCAUUGGGCGGUGCCGAACGUGUUGGAGACGUACUCGCUCGAUGGGAGAAGGCCGGCGCCACUGCGGCCGCUUGCAGGCUAGUAUUCAAGAAACGCCUAUUCCUUGGUGACCGGCCACUUCACAGUGCUUGUGGGGCGGAAUUAGAAUUAUUGUAUUACCAACUGCUGCAUGCUGUGAGACACGACCGCCUGCCCAUUGAAACUGACGAAGCGGUAAUGGUAGCGGCACUCCACGCCCAAGUGGUGAAAGGCGAAUGUUCUGGAGGUGAGGAAUGUGCCGCGGCGGCGGUAGCGGUACUUCCAGCAAGAUUGGCUCCAGGCUUACCAGCUCCAGCCGUGCGAUUGCACCACCUGGCUUUGCGUGGAACUCCGCCUCAUGCAGCUAUGCAAAGAGCUUUGACGCUGGCUGCUUCGUGGCCACUCGCUAGGGCCACGAUAUUUGAUGUUAUGCAAUCAUUUACAUCGAACUGGCCUCGAGCCCUCUGGCUAGCGGUAGAUGCACGUGGGUUGACAUUGUUACGACGCGGGUCUCGAGCUGCGUUGGUCUCUCACGACCACGACCAGUUACUGGCCGUGUCUCCAGCUCCAAGAGCUCUAUUACUCGUCACAAGGGCUGACAAGAAACACGCCAAGCUGGUGCUUUCUACUGACCAGGCAUACCAGAUUGCGACACUGAUAAAGGACUACAUAGAAGCAGUGCGGGGCCCCGUGUGCCCCGCGGUGCCACAGCCAGGUGGCGCUCCACCCGCGUCCUGACAUCCGCACGCCUAGUGCCAUUGCUUCCACGUCAGCCACUGAGCUACGGCCGGUGACGGCUACACGGUGUGACUGGGAUUGACGACCGUACCUUACUUUGGUAUUGCUGGAAAAUAUUUUUUUGCUGGAAAAAACUAUUUUUUGCUAGAAAAUACUUUCUUUGCUGGAAUAUUUCACUUUUUUGUGGGUAAAUACUUUGCUGGAAAUAUACUUUUUUGUGGGUAAAUACUUUGCUGGAAAAUUUAAUACUUUGUUAAAUCACGCCAACGACUUGAAAACACGGGUUGAAACUGAUCGUUUAAACUCUUUUCUUAUCCAUUAACUUACUUAAAGCCUCCAUUUCUUUUGAAUGCUAUUUCCCUAUCACAUCUGUGUCAAAAUAAAUAUCUGACAAUUGUAUUUGGGGCUGUACGUUAAUGAAUAAGACUAUAUUUACACAAAACUAUCACACACAAUAUCUGUGUCUCUUUGAGUUUAUAAGUAACAAAAUUCAUUUGUUUUUGUAAUUACGAUUCUGAUUUUUGAGAGCAAAUGAGAUAUCAUAUGCUUAGUAUUAACACUAAACUACGUAGUUAUUGUAGAAAUAAAACUUCUGAAAAUCUUUGCCUCUAUCGCUACUUCAUUAUCCCUCGUAACGAAAUAUAUCUUUUCAAUAUUUUCCUUCCAAUUAUUCCUUACUAUCGUCGCUUAAUUUCAACUUUAAAAUCUAAUUUUUACAGCAACUAUGAAGUUUAUUCUUUAGAUAAUUGUUAUGUAAAUCGACAUCAUGGUAGAGUUAUCUACCUUUAAAUGAUUUUAGUAUGCCUAGAUAAUUUUGUAUUAGCGCACUUUAUUGUAGAAUUAAUUUACGGUCGUGAAGUAAAUGUUUGUAUAGUCUUUUAAACUAAUUUUACGCUAGAUAUAUUUAAACAUGCUAGUCUUUGUAUUGAUUAGUUAGUAAAAUCUCACCUUUGUUCCAUUUACUUCAAAGAUUUGACAGGAAAAGAUGGAUAUUCGUAGCCAGAUGACGGGGAAGCAAAAGCGCGGGUAACCUUAAUCCAUAGAUUAUUCCUCUCUCCUCACGUCGUUACACGUGAAUUACAGUGUAAUGAACUGCAUAAAUUAUAUCAGUAUUAUUAAAUUAAAUGUUUUAUGUGAACAGUUUAAUCAUAUUGUUAAGAAUUGGUUGUUAGAUAGUAUACAAAUCUUAUUCCCCUUUUAGUCUGUGCUUAACUGUCUAGAUGUCACCGAUUUUUGGAUCUAAUACGAUUAGAAUAGAGCAUAACAUUCUUUGGCGAGGUAUCGAAUCGUUAAUAUCGACAGUACAAGGCUGUUAAAUGCAUUCAAUUUCCUCCAGCGUCUUUAGGUCCCUAUAGAGCUAGAACACACUCUAAACCUCAUAAUAUUACUUAAUAUGAUGUUAUAAUAAUCUCUGUAGAUGAAUAUAUAGUUACUACAUCCUAUUCGUAAGAAAUCAUAUCAGCUAAUUCCUACUGUUAACCCUCCUUUGCUUCGGUGAAUUUUCCUGUACUGUUGAGUACGUAGUAUAGUAUAUUAUAUGUUUUCGAUUGCGAAUGAUUUUAUUCUGAUGUCUUAUUUUGUGCCUUGUAACGCAAUGUCGCUGACCGGCCAAAAUUUAAUCAAAAUAAAAAUUUAGCUAGUGUAAAAUGUUAAAGAAUCAAAGCUUUUUUGGCGUCAAUUACUCUAAAUCAAAAUGAUUUGUUAUUUACUCGCCGUCAGCGCAUUUGCAUAUAAUCAGUGAGCCAGCUGCAAAUAAAUUAAAAUUGUUCCAAAUAUAUCUUCUAUCUUGCAUAUUAUGACACUAUAUUGCACAAUGUUAUGUCUCAAUAUUUUAUAAUAAAAUAUAUAAAUAGUAGAUAAUAAAAGUGAAGCAAUUCAUGCUUCUUUAAUAUUAAAUGUCUGUUUAUUUUGAUUUAGGCCUAUUUGGUGCUUAGAUAUAGCUACGAUUGAGUUUUUGAUCUCAUAUUGAGUAUUAUUUAUUAUAUCAUGAAUAUGGUCAAUAAUAUUUUUUUAUUUAUUUCGAUAAUUUGUAUAUAAUUGAUAAACCAAAGACUUUGAUCCCUUUGGACACAAUUUUGUUUGACAUUUAUACACUUUUAGUUAUUUUUUAAGAAUAUGUAUAUAGAGAUAGACUAACUGUUAGAAUUACUGACAAUUGGAUAAAAUAUAUUAAAAUUUGAUGAAAUAAGAACACUGUUAUACUCAUGUUAAAUCAAUGAGAAUAUAAAUAAAUGUUAUUGUACUGAAAUGACAUAAUAUUGCUAUAAUUUAACAUUAUACUGCAAUAUUUAUUGCAGAGGUCUAAAUAAGUAUGUAUGUAAAAAUCUCACACAUAAGAUGUUUCGAGAAACAUCUGGCCGUCAAUAUGCAUAGAGUUGUAGGCAUUAAUCAACAUUGUGUAUUUGAAAUAUUUCAUUCAUUUAAGUUUGAUUUGUUAAAAUCUGCAGUUUUAUUAUAAAUGUAAACAUAAUGUGACAAUGCUUAUAGCAGAUUUUCUUCCAUUAAAAGGACUGACAGUUUUUAAUCAUUUAUCAAUAUUUUUAAAUUGUUUGGUUAACAAGUGUAUGUUAUGUGUAGAUUUAAGAUAUUUAUGAACAAUAAAACUGAAGCACCAUAAUACUGCCCAAAUAGACUGAUUAUGUCCAAAUAUUUUUCUCUUUUGAUGAUUUUCUGUGUUAACUAAAUGUCCCAACUAAUUAAAUGCCAAAUAAAUGAAACAAUAAAGA